AUGUCGAUCGUUCGCAGGUGGGGCUCACAUCGCGUCAGAGAGAUACCAGAAACGGAGCGAAGAGGGGGACUCGGACAUCACAGCUGUCAGCACUGUGGCAAGUCCUUCACAAGAUCUGGAAGUUUAAAGAUUCAUCAGAGACUUCACACUGGAGAGAGACCAUACAGCUGUGAACAAUGUGGGGCAGCUUUCACACGGUUAUAUCACUUAAAAAGCCAUCAGCGCAUUCACACUGGAGAGAGACCAUACAGCUGUGAACAAUGCGGGGCAGCUUUCACACAGUUAGGUGCACUCAAAAGUCAUCAACGCAUUCACACUGGAGAGAAGCCGUACAGCUGCGGACAAUGCGGAGCAGCAUUUGCACGGUUAGAUAGCUUAAAAAGCCAUCAGCGCAUUCACACUGGAGAGAAACCGUUCAGCUGUGAACAAUGCGUGGCAGCUUUCCCAGAUUUAUCUCAAUUAAAGGUCCACCAACGUGUUCACACUGGAGAGAAGCCGUUCUGGUGUGAACAAUGUGGGAAAACCUUUUCUCAGAGUGGUCAACUUAGAUCCCACCAACGCAUUCACACUGGAGAUAAACCGUUCUGGUGUGAACAAUGUGGGAAAACUUUUUCUCAGAGUGGUCACCUUAAAGCCCAUCAACUUAUUCACACUGGAGAGAAAUUGUACAGCUGUGAACAAUGUGGGAAAACUUUUUCUCUUCGUGAUUCCCUUAAAACCCACCAACGCAUUCACACUGGAGAGAAAUCCUACUGCUGUGACGAAUGUGGAGCAGCUUUCUCACAGUUAUGUACCUUAAAAUCCCACCGACAUGUUCACACUGGAGAGAAGCCGUUCUGGUGUGAACAAUGUGGGAAAACAUUUUCUCAGAGUGGUAACCUGAAAGUCCACCAACGCAUUCACACUGGAGAUAAACCGUACAGCUGUGAUCAAUGUGGGAAAACGUUUUCGCAGAGUUGUAGCCUUAAAGCCCACAAACGCAUUCACACUGGAGAUAAACCGUACAGCUGUGACCAAUGUGGGGCAGCUUUCACAAUUCAAAGUUCCCUAAAAUCCCACCGACGUGUUCACACUGGAGAGAAGCCGUUCUCGUGUGAGCAAUGUGGGAAAACGUUUUCUGAGAGCGGUCACCUUAAAGCCCAUCAACUCAUUCACACUGGAGAUAAACCGUACAGCUGUGAACAAUGCGGAGCAGCAUUCACAACAUCGAGUAACCUUAAAGUCCACCAACGCAUUCACACUGGAGAUAAACCAUACAGCUGUGACCAAUGUGGGGCAGAUUUCACACAGUUAGAAAACUUAAAAUCCCACCGACGUGUUCACACUGGAGAGAAGCCGUUCUGGUGUGAACAAUGUGGGAAAACUUUUUCUCACAGGAGUACCCUUAAAGUCCACCAACUCAUUCACACUGGCUCCUCUUGAACAUGUUAUAAAGCCAAGCUGUUGUUAGAGAGGAAAGAGGGAACAGAUAGCGUGAGUCAAGACGCUGUUUACUACCCAGAUAACAAAAGAGAGCAGUCCCGAGCCCAAAGUAGCCGAGGUCCAGGACCACUUGCAGGCACUAACCUGCUUGAUAAAUAUGGAAGAAGAACAAAGUGUGGAAUUUAUCAGAGCACAUAACAUUGGGUAAAAAAUCAGUGCAGUGAAAAACACGAUGAGUGUAACACAACAGUUGUUUUCCAAGGAAUCAGAUGAUGAGAUAUUCAUGGUUGAAGCUUGUAGAAGAAAAUGAUUUACCAGUUUUAGUCUCAUUUUAUCCUAAUAUCCUCUUUCUGGUCACUGAUUUUUGCAAGUUGAUCAUAUUUUACCUGAUUCUUUUAAAAACAUUUAUAUCUUGUAACUGAAUGUUGUUAACAUUUUAAAUCAAGAGAUUUAAUUAUUUUUGGAUAUGACUGUUAUUGAUAUUCUACUUGUAUUCAUGUUUGUUGAAGAAUAUUGUGAGUUGAGUUUAUUU